AUGGCUUCCCUUGAUGUGCGCCCUGUCCGCAAAGGUCCCCUGAGGCUCGAUCCCGUCCCCGAGAUCCUCCGGCCUCUGAUCCGCGCUUAUCUCCUAGGCUAUGCGUCUGCCGUGGCUCCUCGGCUGUUGACGUUAGUGCUACAGCAUGUUGCCAAGAGGAGACGAAAAGCGGCCAACCAACUGUCUCUAGACUCGGAUGACAGCUCCUUUGUCAAGUCUGCAACUCACAUUGUGAAAACAGGGUUCAACCUCCAACGCUUCCCAACGUUUUGUGCCGUGCUGGUCGGUGGUGGCACUCUCUUGCAGGAACCUAUCAAGAGCAUCUUGGAAAAGGCUGCCAAGGGUCUAAGUGAAGCAGCUCGUUCAAGGCUAGCAAGAUGGCUAUCCACGUUCCUUGCAGGCUGGUUUGGCCUUCGUCUACUACAUUGUUACGAAAGUCGAGCGUAUGAAGAGACAGUCCCUGCAAAGGGAGAUUCUUCCCCAGGUGAUGAACCUCAAAAGGUCAAGUUCGCAGGUCGAACCUUGGACCUAACGUUGUUCGCCGUCACCCGCGCCCUUGAUGUUGUGAUCGGUGAUCUAUGGUCGAGGUACAAGGCCCGCCGCGUGGCUUCCAAGAAGUGGUCAAAGGCCGAGCGUUUCAUCUCGAAAUUCGUUGACCCCCUGGUGUUUGCCGCCUCGUCGGGUCUUGUCAUGUGGGCUUGGUUCUACCAUCCCAAGCGUCUUCCCCGCAGCUACAACAAAUGGAUCACCUCGGCUGCAUCUGUCGAUUUACGGUUGAUCGAGGCUCUUCGCCGCUGCCACACGGGCGAGUUCCAGUAUGGCAAGGAGACGGGCCAGUCAUCCCUGCUGCAGGGGAUGUGCGUCGACUACGAGUGGCCGCUUGCCUGGGGAGAUCCUGCAGUGGUUGUGCCUAUCCCCUGCCAGAUGGUGCACAUGGCUUCUGGCCCUUCGUGCGAAUACCACGCUGUUAGCCGCUUCUUUCGAGCCUGGAAGUGGUCUAUGGCUACAUACCUACCCCUGACGCUCGCCCUUGCGCUCCGGAACCCGUCUCACAAAGCCUUCCGCCGCGCCCUCAUCUCUUCGUGCCGUUCGUCCAGCUUCCUCGCCACCUUCAUCACUCUCUUCUACUACGGAGUUUGUCUCAGCCGCACGCGUAUAGGACCCCGCCUCCCCGGUGGCACAACCAUCGAGCGCCGCCAGAAGAUGGAUGGGGGCAUCUGCGUUGGCACCGGCUGCCUCCUGUGCGGCUGGAGCAUUCUGAUCGAGACAGCCAGCAGACGCAAGGACAUUGCUCUGUUUGUCGCCCCGCGUGCUAUGGCUACGGUGCUGCCAAGGCGCUAUCCGUUGGAUAAGCAGUGGAGGGAGACUCUUGUCUUUGCAGCCAGUACGGCUGUUGUAUUUACUUGUGUUAUGGAAAACCCUGAUCGAGUUCGGGGCGUCUUUGGCAAGCUGCUGAAGACGGUGCUCGCGAAAUAG